UGUGGCAUCCCCACGUGUUAACUGCAGUGUCAGGCAACUUACUCAACCGUGUGUGCCUCUGGUUCCCCACAUGGAGAUCAGGGGGUGGUGGCGCUCAUUGCAUAGGGCGUUGCAAGGAUGAAUCCAGUGGGAUAAUGCACUCAAACACGGAGCUGGGCGCGCAGUAGGUGCUCUCUAAGCAUUAGGCAUUACUGCUCGGCAACUGCUGCCGGCGCCUCAGUAAAGCACUCCCUGUUUAACUUGGCUCUUGUUCCACAGAAAACGCCCUGAUGUUAUAACCAAAACAGACUGGCUCGCUCCCAUCCUAUGGGAAGGGACUUUCGACAGGCGGGUCCUGGAAAAACAUUACAGAAGGCGGAAUAUCACUGUGGGCCUGGCCGUCUUUGCUACUGGCAGGUUUGCAGAGGAGUACCUGAGGCCGUUCCUACACUCCGCAAAUAAGCACUUCCUGACAGGCUACCGAAUGAUCUUCUACAUCACGGUGGACGCCUUCUUCCAGCUGCCUGACAUACAGCCCAGUCCUCUUCGAACGUUCAAAGCAUUUAAAGUGGGCACCGAGAGGUGGUGGCUCGACGGCCCCCUGGUGCAUGUGAAGAGCCUGGGUGAACACAUCGCCAGUCGCAUCCGGGACGAGGUGGACUUCCUCUUCAGCAUGGCUGCCAACCAGGUCUUCCAGAACAAGUUCGGGGUGGAGACCCUGGGCCCGUUGGUGGCCCAGCUCCACGCCUGGUGGUAUUUCAGAAACACCGAGAACUUCCCUUACGAGAGGAGGCCGAUCUCAGCAGCUUGCAUCCCGUUUGGACAGGGAGAUUUCUAUUAUGGCAGCUUGAUGGUUGGUGGCACACCCCAUAAUAUUUUAGACUUCAUCAAAGAAUAUCUGAACGGAGUUAUUCAUGACAUCAAAAAUGGACUCAAUAGCACCUCUGAAAAGCACCUUAACAAAUAUUUUUACCUCAAUAAACCCACCAAGCUGUUAUCACCAGAAUACAGCUGGGAUCUUGCAUUUUCUCCUCCUCCACAGAUCCAAUACGUCAAGGUCGCACAUGAUUCCCAGAGGAAAUUAUGAAUUACGCCAUGAGGUGUAUGACGAAUAAAUGAAUCACGGCAAUUUCUUAUAAGUGAGGGAAGUCUUAAAACCUUCCAUUUUUUAGAGACAUACAAAUUUACAUCCUUCCCAAAUAAAUGUUUCUUCUUGCCAUUUUGAGCCAUCUUAUUUGGCUAAUGUAGGAUAAAGAAUAAAAGGAUAAUUACUUAAUGUUAAUACACAGUAAUGUUAUUAUCUAUGUAUUGUAGACAAUGUGAAAAUACAUUUGACAUAGAAUGAAUAUUUUUAACGGAGAAAGACUCUAGUUGAGAAAAAACAUUCAUAAAAUGGAAAAGUAGUUCACGCAAAGGAAAAAAUGAAUGCCAGGCCACUCACUGAGUAGUCACUGUGUUUUUCCACACUGGGAUAUGUGUGGCUUGUGGUCGACCUCGCCUAUUGUCUCAGUCUGUCCGGUGUGUGAUUCGACACAGGUGAGCUAGAGGAAUCCAGCCAAAGCCACCUCUUACUAUUACGGUUUCAAAGUGAGAUAUUCAGUUCCUUUUGUUAAAAAGCUAUAGAUAUUGUCCGGUUGUGGUAGCUCAUGCCUGUAAUCCCAGCACUUUGGAAGGCCGAGGCAGGCGGAUCACCUGAGGUCAGGAGUUCGAGACCAGCCAGCCU